UAGAGGAAGCUUUUCCUCGUUCACUCCCAUGAAAAUUCGUCCAUCCUCCUUCUCUCUCAUUUUCUCGAAAUUCUUCCUUCCUAUUCCCAACAUUUAUCCUGCAUUAUCUUCUUAUUUUUCUUAAAUUUGUUCACCUGUUCCCGAGAACCACGUGCUUUUUCAAACCGCAGAACCACACGUGUUGUUCAUCUUUAAGAGAAAAAAAGUCGCCCUGUUAUUCAAUAAGUUGUGUACUUUCGGAAAAUUUCCGUCUGUAUACGGUGAAAAUGUCGUUCUUCUGUCUGAUGCAGGAAUUUUACAAAUAUUUCUUCAAAGGAUACUGAUGCAUUAGCAGCAAUACGUGAUAGUGGAUUUAUCAGGCCAUUAAAGUGUGUCGCACCAGUCAGCGGAAGGAGCGCCCUCGCCCACUGCAUCAGCCACCAUGGAUACCUCAUGGGCUAGCCUGAAGGUGAAGCUGAUCCCCCCGAUCAUGAGCACCCUGAAGGACUUCAAGUUCAAGAGCAUGACGCCGGUGCAGGCGGCCUGCAUCCCGAUGCUGCUCAGCCACAAGGACGUGGUCGCCGAGGCCGUCACGGGCAGCGGCAAGACGCUGGCCUUCCUGAUCCCGGUGCUGCAGAUCCUGGAGAGGCGCGAGCAGAAGUUGAAGAAGCACGAGAUCGGCGCCCUAGUGGUGUCGCCGACGAGGGAGUUGGCCACUCAGAUCCACGAGGUGCUGCAGGGCUUCCUCAAAUAUCUCCCCGGGCGCACGUCCAUGCUGGCGGUGGGCGGCUCGUACCCCAGCGAGGACAUCGACCGCUUCAAGGCAAACGGGGCGCACAUCCUCAUCGGGACGCCCGGGAGACUGGAGGACCUGCUUGGCCGCCAGAUAAGUGACUGCGGGAGCUUCGCGGACGGCGUGCGCGCCCUCGAGGUGCUCAUCCUCGACGAGGCGGACAGGCUGCUGGACAUGGGCUUCCACUCCACCAUCAGCACCAUCAUUGCCUACCUGCCCAAGCAGAGGAGGACGGGCCUCUUUUCGGCCACGCAGACCUCGGACGUCGUGACUCUCGUCAGGGCAGGCCUCAGAAACCCAGUGCAGGUCAAAGUCAAGGAAAAGGACGCCACGGGUGACGAAAGGACGCCCAAAAGUCUCAUGAAUUUUUACAUGGAGUGUGAACCUGAUAAGAAAUUCGCAACCCUGCUCGCGGUCUUGAGGGAGAAGAGGAGUGAGAAGUGCAUGGUGUUCUUCCCCACGUGUGCGUGCGUGGAGUACUUUACGAUUAUUCUGAAGGAGACCUUGAAGAACAUGAAGAUCCUGUCCCUGCACGGCAAGAUGAAGGACAAGAGAUUCAAGAUCUUCGACGAGUUCCGUUCCCUGGCGAGCGGCGUCCUGCUGUGCACGGACGUGAUGUGCCGCGGCGUGGACAUCCCCCGCGUGGACUGGGUGAUCCAGUUCGACCCGCCGUCGUCCGCCACGGCCUUCGUGCACCGCUGCGGCCGCACCGCCAGGAUCGGCAACGAGGGCAACGCCAUCGUCAUGCUGCUGCCCUCGGAGACGGACUACGUGGAGUUCAUCCAGAUCAACCAGAAGGUGACGCUGCGCCGCCUGAAGCCGCCCGCCGAGGUGCCCGACCUGCACUGGCCACUUUAAGAUGCGGA